AACUUGAGUGAAUGGAAUCAUUAUUGGGAGAGAUGUGUUGGUAGUGGACAUGCAUGGUUAGGUACAAGACAGGAUUGGAGGGAUGCACUCACUAUUGCCCGUGAGAAACUUGGUUUCCAAAGAGUUAGAUUCCAUGGUAUCUUUGAUGACGAUAUGAAUGUCUAUCAAGAACUACCAAAUGGUCAAGUCCAAUACUCUUUCUACAAUGUAGAUCAAGUAUAUGACUUUUUAUUAUCAAUUGGUGUUGAACCAUUGGUAGAGUUGAGCUUUAUGCCAACACCAAUGUCAUCAGGUACACAAACAAUCUUUCAUUACAAGGCCAACAUUACACCACCAAAGGACUAUAAAUUAUGGUCCGAUAUGAUUGUUGCAUUCUUGGAGCACUUGAUCGAUCGUUACUCAUUUGAUGUAGUAAAGUCUUGGUACUUUGAAGUGUGGAACGAACCAAACUGUGGAUUCUGGACUGGUAAUCAGACAGAGUACUUUACAAUGCUUCAGGUCACUUCGGAUGCCGUCAAAUCAGUGAGUCAAGAGUUGAUGGUUGGUGGUCCCGCCACUUGUCAAUCUCAAUGGCUUCAAGAGACAUUGGACUUUGUCAAGGAUAACAAUGUUGCACUGGACUUUGUAUCCACUCACGAGUACCCGACCGAUAUUGAACCACUCCAAAGAGGUAUCAUGCGUCAAGUAUUGAAUCAAUCUCGCAACACUGUUGGACAAUCAAUGCCACUGUUCUAUACAGAGUACAAUGAUGGUCUACUGCCACAGGUCAAUCUACAUGACAAUACGUAUGCUGCAACGUUUGCCAUAUUCAAUGUGAUUGAUGUCUAUGGUUUUGUGGAUAUAUUCUCUUGGUGGACAUUCUCUGAUAUCUUUGAGGAGCAAGGACAACAAUCAGUACCGUUCAACGAAGGAUUUGGUCUACAGACAAUCUACAACAUACCCAAACCAUCGUUCAAGGCGUUUGAGUUGUUACACGAGACUGGACAACAACGUGCCUUGGUCACUGGAGAUGUUGAUCAUCCAACUGUUGGUUUGUUGGUUACUACGGACGAUGAACAACAACACGACGAGAUUUCAAUCAUUGUAUACAAUUACAAUAUACCAAAUGGAACGAUCGAGAGUGCAAGUGUAUUGAUCACAUUGGAAAAUCUACCAACCAAUAGGUAUGAUGCAACAUUGAGAAGAAUCGAUCAAGACAAUUGUAAUCCAUUGGCCACUUGGCAACGUCAAGGUUCACCAACCUAUCCCACCAGGACACAGAUUGACGAGUUGCAAGAGUCGGCAGAGUUUAGAGUUGAGAAUAUCCAAUUCAAGGUAUUGGAUUCAUCGACUAUACAAUUCAAGUUGGAUUUGUCUCCAAUAUCAAUUGCUGCAAUUACUAUUAUUAAAGUUGAUCAU